AUGUUCCGAAUCUUCAAUUACACCCAACCCCAUCCCUCAACCUCACCACCAUCUCACCAACACACCCCCAGCCCAAUCCCCUCCGUCCGCGUCGAAAUCCCCCCCUCAGAGCUCCUCCCCGGACUAACCCACAACGACCUCCCCCUCCUCGGCACCCGCCCCAGCUCCUCAAUGCUCGAAUACGACCAACUGCCCAUCCUCCGACACCUCGAAUGGCGCAUCGACGAGAACUCCAACGAACCACUCCGUCGACCACUGAAAGACGUCGUGUCUCUGACGGCCGCAUUCGCACAGACACGCGGAUGCGAGGCUCUCGAGCCGUGCAUCCAUUGCAGAGAGGGAAAGGGGGUCUGGAAGACAUGCGUGGUGGGGUUCGAUACCAGGGAGGGAAUGAGUGCGCAUGGUGCUUGUGCGGCGUGUCGGUUUAAUGUGCAGGCUGAGGAACCCGAGACUCCGAUUAGAGUUAAGGAUGAAGCUGGGCUCGCCACUCCGCCAUCAUCUGCUUCAAGGGGAUAUUCAGCGACAGCUACUGCUGCUGGUCGUAGUGGCAGUGGAGGUAGGGGUAGGGGAAGAGGGCGCAGAUUUGUUGUUCGUUCGAGACCGUAUAAUCUCAGACCGAGGGCUACUACUCCAACGCCUAGUGGUAGUGAUAUGGGGUAUACCAGUCGUGAUGAUGAAGAGCGCGAGUUAGGUCCAAUGAUCAAGUCUGAGAGCAGCGAGGUGUCCACCUACUCGUCUGGUACUUCUCGCCUUGAUGGAAGGAUUCUUCCUUUCCCGUUGGGUCCGGAGACGAUUGAUGAUCUGCCCUUUUUGAGACGCGCUGUUACGGAGAUGGAGAUGCAUCUGGGGACGUUGAGGAGGAGGGUGAGACAGUUGGAGGAUAGGGAGAGGAUGAGGGAUAGUAGUAUGAAUCCGUGGGAGUUGGUGUGA